AUGGAGGAGCCGGCGGGCUUCGAGCGUGGGUCGGCGGGACGCGGCGGGGGCCGGCUCCCGCCUUGCCUCAGCCCCGACCGCGGCGGUCGGGCGGCGGUCGAUGCCGGCGCCGCUGAGCUGCUGUGGGCGCCGCGGCCGGCGCUGCUCGGAGAGGCCCCGCGCGGGCGGCGCCGCGGGCCCCGCCGCCCUCCAUCCCCGGCCGCAACCCGCCGUAGCCUAGGUGAGCUCUCCCACGGCCUGGCCUGGCAGCUGAGCGGCCCCGGGCCUGCUGGUCAGCGGGAGGAGGAGCCCGGCGCCGAGCCGUUCCCACCCGCCGGCCGGCAACGGUUGCCGGAGGGCAGGCUGGUCGGCGACGGCACGGCACAAUCACCGCCGCCCGCCCGGCCCGGUAGCAGCGGCCUCAAGUUCGGGCUGUUGCCGCCGGAGCUGCACGCUCGCCUGCUGGACCAGGAGGACUACAAGAACCGCACGCAAGCCAUGGAGGAGUUGAAGAGGGUAGUUGGAGGCGCUAGCCAGGCUGCGGUGACCUCUACACCGGCACCCAGCCUGCUGGGACUCAUCAGUUUCCUCUACACUCUCCUUGAUGACUCCAACUUCAAGGUGGUGCUCGGAGCUUUGGAGGUGAUACAUCUACUGGCCUUACGCCUGGGUGACCAGGUCCAGUCCUUCCUUGGACCUCUGGUCUCCACCACUGCUAAAGUCCUUGGGGACAACAAGCUGGCCAUCCGGCAGGAAUACAACUGCCUUUUCCUGCGGCUGAUGAAGGCAGUGGGUCCUCAGCAGGUGCUGAGCCUGCUGCUGCAGCAGGAGUACCUGCAGCACAAGAACUCCAGAGUCCGUGAGGAGGUGGUCAACAUCUGCAUCGUGGCCCUCCUCACUUACCCUAGUGAGGAGCUAGACUUGGCCAAGCUGGCGUUCGGGCUGGCUCCAGCACUGGUGGAUGGGAAGCGCAGGGUGCGGCACGCUGCCAUGGAAGCAUUUGCUGUGCUGGCCUCGGCCAUGGGCCCAGGCAGAACCACGCUUCUCUUCAAGGCGGUGGAUGCCGUGGAGCUUGAGAACAGUGGAGAUGGGGUGAUGCACGCGGUGCAGGCCAGGCUAGCCAGGAAGAGCUUACCGAAGCUGGUGGACCAGGGGUUUGUAGAGUAUGCUGUGCCCUUACCAUCAUCUGGUCAUAACAGAGGACCCUGUUUACCCCCUGGAGCAGACACAGACUGGCUGUUGAUGGGCAGCAGAACUCAAAGUGCCCACAGUUACUGUGGGUGCCAGGCAAGGGAUGAUGCAUUGCAGGACUCCAGCAUGCAUGGUGUGUACGCUGAUAAAGGAAUGAGUCCAAGAAGAGUCUUGAGUGCGGGUAAAGGAAAAAACAAACUGCCUUGGGAGAGUGAGCAUGCUGGAGGUAGGGAAGGUGGUUCAGGAAUCAAGAUGCCUUUCACAAGGGGUGCAGAGCAGUUCUCAACAUCCAGCGAUUUUCUUCAUUCUCCAAAGUUAAGGCCCUCUCAAGGAGUACCAGUCAGUGAUGAGUUAUUUUUUAGUAGAAAAAGAGCUUCAAGGAAUUUAUUUCAGAAUAGUAUAGAUUUUAACUCUGAGCAUUCUUCUGUUUGUGCUGGUGCUAUGGGCUCUCAUCAGCCGCAGAUUUCAGGGAAGUGUGAACCACUUGGAUCCACACAGACACACGGAAAGAGUGGUAGUGUGGACUCUGAUUUACAAUUUGUAGGAUUAAACAGCUGUCAGCAAGCCAAAGCUUUUACCAGCCUAAACUUUCCCAGCAAGACCCAGAGAAGUUUUUGCAAUCAAGCAGAGUAUACAGUGCCCUUCCAAGGUUCUAAUGCAAGCCAGGGUAACUUCAUUCUGCCAUCUUACCCUCUGUCGUCACCCAGGAACAGCCCUAAGCACGUCUCCUCUCCAGCUGGCUCUCCAAAGAAGUCACAGAAUAAUGCUAUGAACUUCUCAAACUCUUGGCCUCUUAAAAGCUUUGAAGGACUCCCUAAGCCUAGUUCGCAGAAGCAGCUUCUCAGUCAAAAGUCAGGAGAUAAUACAGGGGAGAAAUUGCAGGAGAAACGUUCUCCUGUGCAGCUGAAGCCCACCAUGGUGAGACACCCAGCCUCCUGCAGGGACCUGAACGGAACCAGACCUGUGCCCCCUAUCCCCCGUUUCGCCAGCCCGCUGCCUGAUAAGAUUGAAUUGAAUGUGACAAAGUGGACAAACAAAGAGUGUGAGGACAUGUGGCUGAAUGACGUGGAGAGGAAGCUUGCAGCAGACCUUUCAGACCUAAAUGUUGAUGAUGAGGAAGUGGAUCAAGAAGAGAUGCAUAAUUCCCUUAGAUCCCUACGAAACAGUGCAGCUAAGAAAAGAGCAAAGCUAAGCAGCAUCAUUGCAGAUCUUGAAAAUCCUGAUUCUGCUCUUAAAGUUGACCUGUUGGUGGAGUCCUCCUCACACACAUCCUCCCCAAGCACUGGCUCCUGCAGCCACAGCAGAGUUUGCAGCCCAGAGGCCUCAACAUCUCCCAUGGCCACAGCCUCCCCUCCGAGGAGCAACAUGUCAGACACUUUUUCUCUACUUGGCAGCAAGUUACAGUCUGCAAGAAUAUCUUCAGCAAGAAACAGAGACCCAAGUGAGAGAGAACCUGACUCCAGCACAGCAUUGGAUGACAAAGAUAAUUCCAACAUUAGCAUAGUUGGCCAAGGUUUAAACUGUGGCAACAGUUGUGCAGAUAAUGAGGAUAAGAAGCAAGAAGUGUCAUGUACUGUUGUUGAAAGUCAAAAUGUGGAACACCAGAGGGAUUUUAAGCAUUCAAAAGGUGUUGCAGAGUCAAUGUCUAGUUUUCCCCAGAUGAACAAUCUAGAUUUCCUUUCACCCAACAUCCUGUCUGAAGAUGCAGCUGCAAUUAUUGGUAAAGGUGUUUUUGGAAGCCCUCCCUCUGCACCAUCAUACAUGCAGUCCAUAGCAUGUAUAGCGAAUGGAGACCAAGCUGGCCGUGAGGAGAAUGAGCCAUCAUCAGGGAUUUGUGACAGAAGCAUUCAGCAGAACAGUGCUUCUCCUUUCCACAUGGAAAAUGAGAGAGAGACAAAAAUUACCAUGUCAAAAUCUGCCCAGGAUAAGAUGAGACGGAAGAGACAAGAGGAAAAAGAACAAAGCCAUAAAGAACAUCAGGAAGUCAAAGACCUCGAAGGAAAGCAAGAAAACCCUUGGGAAAGUCUUAAACUGAACGAACCAGAGAAAAUGACAACAGAAAAGUUAAAUCUCUGUGGGGAUAUAUUAACAUCAUCAAGAAAGUUAUCCUUGUCACUGGAAAACAUGGCCUUGACUCCUUCAUUCAAAAGCACAUCCAGUUUCAAGAAGACAAAAUGUUCAGCCUUGCUAGACUGUGAUGAAAUGUCUCUCGGGGCACGAGGACGCUAUAAAGAGCGGACCCCAUCAGUCACACAUAGCCCUGAAGUAAUGGACCCAUCAGAACUGCAGCCUUUCUCAAAACCAGAAAUGGCACUGACAGAAGCCUUGACACUUCUAGCUGAUGAUGACUGGGAGAAGAAAAUCGAAGGUCUGAACUUUGUUAGGUGUUUGUCUGCCUAUCAUGCAACUAUUCUGACUGCAAAGCUGCAUGAAACAAGUUUGGCUGUGGCUCAAGAGGUCAAGAAUUUACGCUCAGGUGUUUCUCGAGCUGCUGUGGUCUGUUUAGGGGAUUUGUUCACCUACCUGAAAAAGAGCAUGGAUCAAGAACUAGAUAAUACAGUAAAAGUCCUUUUGCACAAAGCUGGUGAAUCCAACACAUUUAUAAGGGAAGAGGUAGACAAAGCACUGAAGGCUAUGGUUAAUAAUGUGACUCCAGCACAUGCACUUUGUUCUCUUAUAAAUGGAGGGCAAAGCCAUCUGCAUUCAGCGGUGAGAAGAUGCACAGCCCAGCACCUGUCAGACACUGUGGAACGGAUGGGACCGGAGCGGAUUCUGUGUGGCACCAAAGCUGUUGCUGAUCGGAUUUUCCCUGUACUAGCCAGGUUUACUCAGGAUAGUUCACAACAAACAAGGUACUAUGGUCGAAAGAUGCUCUUCAACAUGAUGACUCAUUCUGAUUUUGAUAAAGCCCUUGAAAAGUAUGUGCCCAGCAAGGAUUUGACUUAUAUGAUGAAAUGUGUUAACAAUCUGCGUGAAAAGGGUUUGGGGGAGAUGCCGUUAGAUACGCCCUCAGCAAAAGGAAAACGGUCCCAUACUGGUAGCGUUGGACAUUCAAGGUCAUCAUCUACUUCCAGAGAUGCUCUCAACAUCACUGACAGUAGAGAAACUACAGAAGUCCGGGAAGUCACAAGAAAAACAGCUCCUCGUAAUUCACUAGAAAAUGAAGAAUAUGUUAAAGAUCUUAUUGGUUUAUUGAAUGCAAAAGACUUCCGUGAUCGAAUAAAUGGCAUUAAGCAGCUGUUAUCAGACACAGAGAACAAUCAAGGCUUUGUUGUUGCAAACAUUGUGAAGAUCUUCGAUGCUUUCAAGUCUCGUUUACAUGACUCAAACAGUAAAGUAAAUCAAGUUGCUUUGGAGUCAAUGCACAAGAUGAUUCCAUUGCUGAAAGACAAUUUAUUACCUGUGAUAAACAUGUUAAUUCCUGCUGUGGUAGACAACAACCUGAACUCCAAAAAUCCAAGGAUUUAUGCAGCUGCCACAAACGUUAUCCAGGCUAUGUGUCAACACUUAGACAACUAUUUGCUCCUCCAGCCAUUCUGCACAAAAGCUCAGUUUCUGAAUGGAAAAGCAAAGCAAGACAUGACAGAAAAGCUUGCUGAUCUUGUUCUGGAGUUAUACCCACGGAAGCCUUAUGCUGUGGAGCAAAAAGUUCUCGCUGUCCUUUGGCAUCUCCUGGGAAAUAUGACCAACAGUGGCUCUUUGCCUGGAGCUGGAGGAAAUACCCGGGCAGCCACAGCGAGAUUAUCAAAAGCACUUUUUGCACAGAUGGGUCCAAGUCUGUUAACUCAUGCUGCAUCUCAGCCACCGCACAUCAAGAAUUGUUUAGAAGAAUUUUUGGAGAUAGCAACCUGAAAUAACUAUCAGUGUGCGUGGAGCCAAGUCAGCUGCUUGGCUGACAGCUAGGGCAGUCUCCCUUUGCUGCCCCGUGCCCAGAGCACUCACUCCUGCACGCCUAUACAGCCUCGUGUCAGAGGGCUAAUAUGUACACUUAUCCCAGUCAUGUUUUGACUUGUUCUAGCACUAAGCUUUACACUGAUAAGUGACAGCAAAUCCUGGAAGGAACUGUCCAGCACAACAGGGUUUUGUGAGGUAUUUGCGGAAAACAAAAACCAAAGUACGGCAUUUUUUUAAGGCGCUGACACGGCUGUGCAGUAUUAACUCGCUGUGGCGGCUGCGCGGCCACCGUGACGCCUGCUCGGCGGCGCACAUCGCCGGCGGCGCCCGCCCGCAGGGGAACGGGCCCCUUCCCGUGGCAGCGCCGGCACCCCCGUCCCCCGGGGCGGUUCUGUACGCGAUCGGCGCGGGUCCCUGACGCCAA